UCAACAAAAGGAAAAAAGGCAGACACUUCACUGCUACUUUCCAUUAAAGAUAUGAAACCACCUGUGAUUAUAAAUUGUCAUCGUUUGUGCUGACACAAAAACUGUAUUGGCAGUUUAUAUCAGUUCAUAAAGAUAACUAAAUCUGACAAUUUCUGGUUCUGUCCACGACCGUGGCAGUGAUACAGUGAUCCAGCCACACAUUGACUGUUUAGAUGAAACUAGACUGAGUCUGCAACAGAGGAUGGAGGAGGAGAAGGAACCUUCAAUUUCUUAUUACACUUCGGUGGAGUCCAACAGUGGUCUUGUGUCUCCCAGGAAGAACCAGGAACUCCUCAACUUGCCUCCUAAGGGACAGAAAUGCUUGCAAGAUUUUUGGGACAGCCUACCUCUUGAUGGAGUGUACUGUAACGCCACUUGGGACUCGCUGUACUGCUGGCCAGCGACACAGGCUGGGAGGAUUGUGAACGAGUCUUGUGCUACCGUCUUCAGUGACGUGCCUGACCUCUUACACUACCCUGAUGCGCUGGCGUACCGUGAGUGCGACGUGUCGGGGUCCUGGCUGUGGGGAAACUGGACCAACUACUCGCAGUGUCUAAGUGUCAUCGACCACCAGACUGGUUCCUUCAGUGUGGUAGAAGCUGUGAGGUACAUCACCUUCAUCGGUGCUAUCCUCUCCCUCCUCACUCUCUCCCUCACUAUCUUCAUUUUCACUUACUUUAGGACGCUGGAGUGUGACCGACUGCGGGUACACAGGAACCUGGUAGUGUCUCUCAUCAUACACUUCCUGGUGAUGCUCGUCCUCAGUGAACCCUUCAUCUUCCAUCGACAGUCCAACACCUAUCGCGACGUGGACUGGGUAUGCAAGACACUUCUGGCACUCACCAUGUACGCUCAGAUGGCAUCCAUCAACUGGAUGUUCGUGGAGGGCCUCUUCCUCCACUCCAGACUCACCUCCAAUGUCUUCGACUCCGGCGCUCCCUUUGCUAUCUACUACACCAUAGGCUGGGGAGUGCCACUAGUGUUCAUCAUAGCCUGGGCUACGACUAUGUACUUCCAACACGAAGUACACUGUUGGCGAAGCUACAGUAACCUGCCACAUAUAUGGAUACUCGUGGCUCCCAUGGUCACUGCUCUCUUGAUUAACCUAGUGUUCCUAGUCAACAUCAUCAGGAUCCUGGUGACUAAGCUGAGAGCCAGCGAUGCUGUGGAGACCACGCAAGUCAGAAAGGCGAUCCGGGCGACGGCUGUGUUGUUCCCGUUGCUAGGCAUCACCAACCUCCUCUUCGCUGUCAACCCUGGGGACAAGGGAGACCUGGAGAGCGCCUACAUGCUCAGCAAUGCCCUCAUUCAGUCCUCCCAGGGAGUAUUCGUGUCGGUGCUGUACUGCUUCCUUAACAGCGAGGUGCAGGAACUGUUGCGGAAGCGGUGGCGGCAGUAUCGCACCAGACGUCUAGGUUAUCCAGCUCUCCAUUACCGCCACCGCAGGAGCACCAGGACCACCAGCGUCUUUGACACUUCCGUCUACGUCAAGACCAGUCCCCAGCCCAACUUGCGCCACCCCGAGUUCCACGCCUUAAACACCCACGGAGGAGACUUUGAUGUCCCCACCCACGGAGAGGAUUUCGAUGUCCUCAACACCCACGGAGAAGACUUCGGUGUUCUUAACACCCACGGCGGAGACUUCGAUGUCCUCGACACCAACGGAGGUAACUUUAAUAUCAACAUCAACGGAGUCGGCUGCAAUGGCCUCAGCUCCCAUGGCGGCAAAUUCGACGUCCUCACCACCCGCGGUGGCAACCUUGAUGUCCUUAAAACCCACUGCGGCGACUUCAAUAUACUGAAAACCUGUGAUGGUGACUUUAAUAUCCUUAAAACUCAUGGUGGCGAUUUCGAUGUCCCCAGAAUCCGUAGUGACAACUUCAACCUGCUCAAAACCCACAGUGACUACUUCGAUGUUCUCAAUACCACCAUCUACUCCACAACCAGUCCACAGUCGAACUCGCUCCGCUCAGACCUACACGACCACAAAGGUUCCAUCCAUGACAACCCCGCCCUUGACCCCUGCAAGCUUAGUGCAUACGCCUGUGACAGUUACUCCUUGCAGACUACCGUAGUGUGACCUGCCUUGCAGGGCUCCUACGAACCAUUGUAAUCCACUUAUUUUACUCUCCCUUAACAAACUCUACCGUCAUACUGUGUUUAACACGACACUUGUUGCAAAUUGAUUAUUCACUUAGGAACUCCAUCACAGACUGGAUAACCUCAAACCUUCAGGAAUGUUUAUCAUAUUGCUCAUUGCGCAAGUUUAUCCAUUCGAAUCAAUAAAAACAAGUAAUGCUCUCUCGGUACCAAAACGAAAUCAAUAAAAACAAAUAUUGUUUAUUUUUCCUUAGAAACAUUGCAGCCACAGUCUGCAGACAUCUGUGUGUCAGCAGAUUCUGGUAAACUGUUUUAAGAAAAACGUCCAAUGCAUAAAUUAUUGUUAAUAAAACAUUCCUGGUUCAGUGACUCGGUAGCCGUCACAUUAAACUUUGCAGAGACGAAAUCUGAAAUAAGUGAAAUAUAUUAAGCAUUUUAAGUAUAAUGAAUGACUUACUGCAUCGAAAAUUUUCAAGAUGAUCAUUAAAAUGUUUACCAGUGCGAUAACUAACACUACACUGAACAUUUGGGAAGAAAAAAGACUUACGAGAUCUUUUUUUCAAAACUAGAUAAGUAUUAAUUUCAUUUUGUAAAACGUUUCUUAGAAGCCCAGAUUAUAAAGUCAGAAACUCUAAAAGAAUUUUGCUAAGUAUUAAAACAUUUACCAUUGUGACCUGAAAACCUGUAUGACUUGAGUAGAAUCCUGAAAAGAAUUAUAUAUAAACACACACACACACACACACACACACACACACACACACACACACACACACACACAUAUAUAUUAUUGUAACCACGAACGAGUGGUAUU